GCCCCCCCCCCCCCCCCCCCGCGAGAGCGGACGGUUGACGGUCGCGAGUCGGUGUCUGAGUUUAAAUGUUUCUAGCUCGUCACCUAGUUAAGAUGUCCAGUGAUCGUGCUCUAUUAAACCGACUGGAACAGAGAGCUACAGAGGCUGACCAGGUUAUUGAAUACCUGAAGCAACAGGUGGCAUUGCUGAAGGAGAAAGCAAUCCUACAGGCUUCUCAAAGAGAAGAGAAGCGACUCCGGGUUGAAAAUGUGAAACUGAAGAAAGAAAUUGAGGACUUGAAACAAAGUCUCAUAGAAGCAGAGGCCCGUAAUGGAGUUAAACAAAUUCCACUUCCAACUGCAACUCCAAUGCAGGCCAGUCCUGCAAUAUGUGUUUCUUCACAACCAAAACUAUCUGCACCUGCCAUCCCGACUGAGAAGGUAAAUAAAAAAGCAUUGGAUGAAGAAAAGAAGAAGAAAGAGAAGCCAGACAAGAAAGGAGAAAAGAAGGAGAAGAAGCAGCAAGCUGGUGGUGGUGAUGAUGCCAAACCGGUUGACAUUUCUCGCUUAGACCUACGAAUUGGCUGUAUUGUCACUGCCAGGAAACACCCUGAUGCUGACUCAUUGUAUGUGGAAGAGGUUGAUGUGGGAGAACCUACCCUAAGAACAGUCGUCAGUGGAUUGGUGAAGCAUGUACCUUUAGAGGAGAUGCAGAAUCGGAUGGCAGUGUUGCUAUGUAACCUUAAAGCAGCUAAAAUGAGGGGAGUGGUCUCGCAGGCUAUGGUGAUGUGUGCAAGCUCACCAGAGAAGGUUGAAAUCUUAGACCCACCGAAAGAUGCUAUACCUGGAGAUCGAGUAACCUUUGAUGGAUAUUCUGGUGAACCCGACAAAGAGCUAAAUCCAAAGAAGAAAACCUGGGAACAGAUUCAGCCUGACCUUGGCACAAAUACAGAAUGUGUUGCUACAUACAAAGGUGUACCAUUUGAAGUGAAAGGAAAAGGUGUUUGUAAGGCUCAGACAAUGGCAAAUAGUGGAAUUAAAUAACAUAUUUCCAUACUAUCAGAUUAUAAGAAUGGUUCUAAUACUGCAAAAAGUACAAUAAAGACAUGAAUGCA